CCUGGGAUCACCCGCAAUGAAAGUCGAUCUACCAUGGACUCUCUCUUUACAUUCCAGGAAGAGCUCAAGUCAGAGGCAAAGAAUCUGUACCAAGAGAUCCGCAAGAACUCGGCUCAACACGAUUCCUACAAUCGACUGCAUUCGAUACAGCACGAUAUCGCUUUUGUACGCAAGGUAGCGGAAGAAUGGUAUGAUGGCGAAUUCAAGGUGGUUGCCAAUCAACGAUGUGGAAGCUGGUAUACCGACCCCGAGGCUCCAUCGACAAGCUCAUCCACCUAUGCCUACUUCAAGUCUACCGACGGGCAUACCAACGCCUGGGACUUUAGUGUUCGACGGUCAAAUCUAUCAUUGAUCGAGUUCGCCGUCCAGCAAGGCGGGUUCAUCAUAGUCGAUAGCACGAGACGGGGGAAACGGAUGCCCGAUGCCUUGUCCAAGACGAUACCCAUCUGGUGCACCGUCAUCAAUAGAGCUGUCCUGCGACUGAACCCAGAACUAGAAAAGAACGAAUGGAACACCCAGCUGUAUACCCCGCCCAACAUCGUCUCUGCACAGGAAAAGAGUCAGAUUGAGGAGCGUAUAGAAGGAUGGGUAGAUCAUCUGGUCAAUUCGAGCUUGACGAUUCCUGCCCUCCCUCGUCCUCUUCGACCGAUCUUUAUCCACCCAGGUACAAGUUACCCUCCCACUCUUCCUUUAAUCUCAGCUACAAGAUCACCAGUAUCACCUCCUCUACCACCUUUCAUUCCGAUCAUCUGUCUAUCGGCAUCUACGUUCAUUCCCCACGGCGGUCCUGAACCGAAACGUGACGCCUAUGGGACGUUCGAAUACGUCCAAGGAAGCGGGGACGACGACGAGCUAUGGGGCAAAGGAUUGAAACCGGGGCAUUUCUUUUCGAACCGGGAGGAGAUCUUGUCGGCGAGUCGGGAAGAUCUGCCAGAGCUCAUCGCGAGGUUGGUCGAGCGGGGUCAAAGUCAAGCGGGGUCGGCUCUGGUCACACAGGGGUUGGAUGUAUGGAAAGAGAUUCCAAGGGGAUCGAAGAUAUGGCUAGGGACGACUUCAAGCGAUCUUCCGAUGGACUUGGGUUCUUACGCCUUGAUCACGUUUGAACAAUCCGACAAGCCUUCCAUCGAGACCGUCAGCAGCGACGAGACCUCGACAUCGAAACAACUCGUCUUGCGGUUGCAAGAAGGCAAGAAGAAGAAGACCGACCUCGAUUACGCCACGCAGGUUUUGCCCGCCGUCGUCGACUUCGCUCGGCGUGUCCGAUCUCAAGACUCGGACGUACAAAUCCUCGUCAGGGAUCCGACCGGGAAGUCCCUGAGCGUCGGGGCGGCAGUCUGUCUCUCUUGGCUGUUCGUCCAGUCCGACCGGUCAUUGCGACCAAUAACCAAUUCCAAGGAAGACGGAGCUGUACAGCUACCACCACUUCCCACGCCAACUAAGGAAGACCUGAGGAAACGCCUCGAGUGGAUUUUGGACGAGAGGCAGGGCGUCAAUCCUAGUCGGCACGUUCUGAAAGCUGUCAACGAGUACCUCAUCUCGGCCAAGUAUAAAUAGCACG